UGCCUGUCUGAUGCUGCUGCUUUUUCCACUAAGCUUAAAAACACUCUCAUCCAGUACCAUAGCAUUGAAGAUGAUAAGUGGAGAGUUGCUAAGAAAACGAAAGAUGUAACAGUUUGGAGAAAAUCUUCAGAAGAAUUUAGUGGAUAUCUCUACAAAGCCCAAGGUGUUAUAGAUGACAUUGUCAAUAAUAUAAUAGAUCACAUACGCCCAGGGCCCUGUCGCAUGGAUUGGGAUAGCUUAAUGACUUCUUUGGAUAUUUUGGAGCACUUUGAAGAGAAUUGUUGUGUGGUGCGUUACACUACUGCUGGUCAGCUUUGGAAUAUAAUUUCCCCAAGAGAGUUUGUUGAUUUCUCCUACACUGUGGGCUAUAAAGAAGGACUUUUAUCCUGUGGGAUAAGUCUUGACUGGAGUGAAAAGAGAUCAGAAUUUGUUCGUGGCUAUAACCAUCCCUGUGGUUGGUUUUGUGUUCCACUUAAAGACAAUCGAAACCAGAGCCUUUUGACAGGCUAUAUCCAGACGGAUCUGCGCGGGAUGAUUCCUCAGUCUGCGGUAGAUUCAGCCGUGGCAAGCACUUUAACCAACUUCUAUGGUGAUUUACGAAAAGCCUUACAAACAACACGUGCAAACCUGCAGCACACGGCCCCCUGAGUCAGCUUUUUCUUCCAUGUGCGUGGCCUGUAAAAUUCAUCCACCUUCUCUUCUGCAUAGCCUGUAGAAUAACUUGAGAUUUUUUAGUUAAUACUACAAUAUUGUAUUAUAUUCCUAAAGUAAAUAGUUAUCUAAGAGAGAGCAUUUCAAUGUUCUU